AUAAAAGCAAACGGUGAUUGCCACUCUCACACUCUUCAAGCUGUCAACACACCGUGACGGAUUACAGAGGACAGCGGAGAAGACUCAUUGACAGACCCGAGGACACGACCUGAUCUUUAACCUUGCGUCAACAUGUCAAAAGUAUUUAAGAAGACCAGCGGCAAUGGGCAUAUUACCCUGUACUUGGGGAAGAGAGACUUUGUGGACCAUGUGGGUUCAGUGGAAGCAGUCGAUGGUGUUAUUAAAGUGGACCCCGCUGGUCUUGAAGGCAGAAAAGUAUUUGUCUACCUUGCCUGUGCCUUCCGCUAUGGAAGCGAUGACUUGGAUGUCAUCGGGCUGUCCUUCAGGAGAGACAUCUGGAUCAAGCGGGUUCAGGUGUAUCCACCUACAGGUGAAAGCACAGCCAAAACCCCAAUGCAGGAGUCACUGCUAAAGAAAGUUGGAGAGCAGGGAUGUCCCUUUUCUUUCCAGUUGCCAACAGAUCUGCCAUGUUCAGUCUCCUUACAGCCUGGGCCAAAUGACGCUGGCAAGGCCUGUGGUGUGGACUUUGAGGUAAAAGGCUACAUUGCCAAUGAGGCCAACAAUGCAGAUGAAGUCGUUGAAAAGAAGGACACAUGUCGCCUGAUGGUCCGCAAAAUACAGUUUGCACCAGCCAGCAACAAGGCUGGACCCAAAGCUGAUAUCUCCAAGCAGUUCAUGAUGACUGACAAGCCUAUUCACCUGGAGGCCUCCCUUGAAAAAGAGAUUUAUUACCACGGAGAUCCAAUCACUGUCACUGUGAAAGUCAACAAUGAAACCACCAAGGUUGUGAAGAAAAUCAAAGUGUCAGUUGAGCAGCUAACAAAUGUGGUGCUGUACUCAUCUGACACUUACGCCAAGGCAGUCUGCACUGAAGAGUUUGGGGAGACGGUAAACGCAAACUCUACAUUUGAGAAGGCCUUCCAAAUAACCCCUAUGCUGGCCAGCAACAAAGAGAAGCGCGGCCUUGCAGUGGAUGGGAGACUAAAAGACGAGGACACCAACCUAGCAUCCACCACCCUGUAA